GCCGGGCCCACGGCCCUGCUAUUCAAACGGCUGGGCCAAUUGAGCCGUGCCGGGCGCGGGGCGGCCAAUGGGCGGCGGGGAGGCGAUGGCGUCGCUUUGCAUAAAGCAAUAUUUUGUGUGGGAGCGAGCGGAGCAUUUGCAUGUGCGGAGUGAUUAGUGGGUUUGAAAAGCGAGCCCCGGCUCAGCCUCAUUUCCCGCUCUGGUUAAGGCGCAGGGAGGAAGUGUUUUGCUGGAAGAUGAUGACAGAGGUCAGGCUUUGCUAAUGGGCCAGUGAAGAGCAGUGGAGGCGAGGCAGAGAGCAAGGCACACAUACAUUAAUACACUUGAACCAUCACCAAUCAGCAUAGGAAUCCAAGAUCACACAACCAGCAGCUUCACUGGAGAAAAACUAUUUUGCUGGCAACUCUUUUUAAAGCGCCAUCAUUUCCAAUCAGUGCGCUCUUAAACUAUUGACAGGAGCUUUGACAACAAGACAGGAUGCCUCAUAAAGAGGGAAGACUUUAACUAGUGACACGCAGAUGUGUGAGUCCCUAAAUUGUAUGAGAGGACAGUCCACCCCGCUCUCAGGUCACAGCGGCGUGAACCAGCUCGGCGGGGUGUUCGUCAACGGGAGGCCGCUGCCCGACUCCACGCGGCAGAAGAUCGUGGAACUCGCGCACAGCGGCGCGCGGCCCUGCGACAUCUCCCGAAUCCUGCAGACCCAUGCAGAUGCAAAAGUCCAAGUGCUGGACAAUCAAAACGUGUCGAAUGGAUGUGUGAGUAAAAUUUUGGGCAGGUAUUACGAAACUGGCUCCAUCAGACCCAGGGCAAUCGGAGGUAGUAAACCGAGAGUAGCGACUCCAGAAGUUGUAAGCAAAAUAGCGCAGUAUAAACGAGAGUGCCCCUCCAUCUUUGCGUGGGAGAUUCGAGACAGAUUACUAUCAGAGGGGGUCUGUACCAACGAUAAUAUACCCAGUGUGUCGUCGAUAAACAGAGUCCUACGCAACCUGGCUAGCGAAAAGCAACAGAUGGGUGCCGACGGGAUGUACGACAAGCUAAGGAUGCUGAACGGGCAGACGGGGACCUGGGGCACUCGGCCCGGCUGGUACCCCGGCACCUCGGUACCCGGGCAGCCCGCCCAAGAUGGCUGUCCGCAGCAGGAGGGAGGAGGGGAGAACACCAACUCCAUCAGCUCCAAUGGGGAAGAUUCAGAUGAGGCCCAGAUGAGACUUCAGCUGAAAAGAAAGCUGCAGAGAAAUAGGACAUCCUUUACCCAAGAGCAAAUCGAAGCCCUUGAGAAAGAAUUUGAGAGGACCCACUACCCCGAUGUGUUUGCAAGGGAGAGACUAGCUGCUAAAAUAGACCUGCCUGAAGCAAGAAUACAGGUGUGGUUUUCUAACAGAAGGGCCAAAUGGAGAAGGGAAGAGAAGCUGAGGAACCAGCGAAGACAAGCCAGCAACACUCCCAGCCACAUUCCCAUCAGCAGUAGUUUCAGCACAAGCGUUUACCAGCCGAUCCCGCAGCCCACCACCCCCGUUUCCUCUUUCACAUCAGGUUCCAUGUUGGGCAGGACGGACACGGCGCUCACAAACACGUACAGCGCGCUGCCGCCCAUGCCCAGCUUCACCAUGGCCAACAACCUGCCUAUGCAACCCCCGGUCCCCAGCCAGACCUCCUCCUACUCUUGCAUGCUGCCCACCAGCCCAUCGGUGAACGGCCGGAGCUAUGACACCUACACCCCCCCGCACAUGCAGACACACAUGAACAGCCAGCCGAUGGGCACCUCUGGCACCACUUCCACAGGUCUCAUUUCCCCUGGAGUGUCAGUUCCAGUUCAAGUUCCUGGCAGCGAACCUGAUAUGUCUCAAUACUGGCCAAGAUUACAGUAAAACAUGUGUUAAUUCUGUAAAUGACUAUAUGGACAACAGUUGGAUGUUCAGCAGUAUUUUCUAAAGGAAGAAUGGCUCUCAGAGUACUUCUGUACUGCAACUGUGCCCUAUGCUGUAACACAUGGAAAAGACUUUAACAUGGACCUUUGUACACUGAAGGCAUUAUAUCGGUUGGAACAAAUCUUCAUUUUGGUAUCCAAACUUUUAUUCAUUUUGGUGUAUUAUUUGUAAAUGGGCAUUUGUAUGUUAUAAUGGAAAAAAAAAAAAAGAACAAUGUAGACUGGAUGGAUGUUUGAUCUGUGUUGGUCAUGAAGUUGUUUUAAGAAAAAAAAAGAAAAGAAAAAAAAAAAGAAGCCAUGAUCAACAAGCUUUGCCACGAAUUUAAGAGUUUUAUCAAGAUAUAUCGAAUACUUCUACCAAUCUGUUCAUAGAUUAUGGAUUGAUGUUCCAAGUUUGUAUCAUUCCAUUGCAUAUAAUUAAACCUGGAACAAUACGCACUAGAUUUAUGUAAGAAAAAUAUCUGUUGGUAUUUCCAAAGGUUGUUAACGGAUGAAGCUAUGUGCAAACAAGGGUUAAGAGAGAACUUCGAUGAAGAAAAGAGUUUGAUAGAUAAAAGGUAGAUUGUGUCUUCGAUAUAAUCCAAUUUGUUUUAUGUCGAAAUGUAAGUAUUUGUCUUCCCUAGAAAUCUCCCAGAAUGAUUUCUAUAAUAAAGUUAAUUUCAUUUAUAUUUGA